AUGAUUUCGCGACAGAAAUCAGGCCUCAUUAUUGUAGGAGAUAUUGGGCUAGCGAACUCUAAGCAGGCCAAGGCAUAUCGCAAGGGCAAGGGCAUGGGCAAGGGCGAGCUGGAUUUCAGACGUAAGCUAGAAUACAAACAAGAUGGCAAGCCUCAGCGUGUCCAAGCCGAGACCCUACGAAAAAUCUACUGGUGGUUCCAGUCGAAGGAGCGAAAGAUCGAGAUGGCCGUGCCCAUAGAGGGAGGCAAAAAAACAAGAGCGCAAUGA